AUGCUGCGACAAGCAUUGGCACCGCUGGGUGUAAACGGGGCCUCGAUCUCGCACGACACGGCCUCAGUCGCACCACACAGCACCAGCGACGGUGGUGGUAGCUGCACGACCCGCGCUGUGGCUGGCAUCACGGAUGGAGGCGCAGACGUCUCAAAGCACCUAGAAUUUGCCAAGCACGGCCACCACAGUCAGAAACACAACCAGCGUCGGCCCCCGUCGUCAUCUUCAGCCAGUAAGGCUUCUGCGCUUGUGCAGACCAUUAGGGAACAUCAGGUGAGUCAUGCGAGGGAGACGCAUGUGCCCGUCUUGGACAGCAUAUCCCCACACACGGAUGCCGCCCGGGCCUCCACCGAGGAACACGUGGGAAUCAGCUGCCGAACAGCCCACGCCCCAGCACCGCAUGACAUCACAGCAUCUCCUGUUGCGGCCACGUCUGCAACGCCGUCACCUCACUCAGCAAGGGGCACCAAAGUCGUGGAUAUCAACCCUCACCCUAGUGUGGCUGCAGCCGUCAUGGUGGCCGCGGCGCACCCACCACUCUCUAACAAGCUGAAUGCGCCGUCGCGUCGCUCAUCGAUGGCGCGGCUGCGACAGCAAGUCAAGGCGCAGCUGAAGGGCGUAGAAGUUGCUGAGCCCGCCGACGACACGUCCCCGGCUUCGGCAUGCGACUCUGACGCCGUUGCUGCGGCGCUUCGAAACGGAGCAGCACAAGGAGGGGAAACGGAAGAGCAGCUGUCGCUUUACUCGCACCAGCCAGCAUUACCGAGCACUCUCCUCGCCUUCUCGACGUCGGCAGAGGUCGCAUCACUCAAGGGAAGCGGCAUGGUCACAGAAGCACUCGCUAUGCCGGCGGUGCCCUCCGUCGGCGCCGCCAAAGUCCUGCCACACGGCCUGCGGUCCCCCAGCGCCAUCACAGACGUCGGUGCAGCGCCGCUCGACUACUCAGAGCUGGGCACUGAGGAGAGUGAGCCCGUGAGCAAUGUCAGCCCUGCACGAUAUUACUAUCAGCAGCAGCAGAAGCGCUCUGCCUCGUUGCACAAACAGCGAACCGACAGCGUUCCUUCGAGUCACAUCGGAGGUGCGUUGCAGCCGAAUACCCCGUUUCACGCGCUGCAGUUUGGCUCUUGCGCUCCAGCGAACUCUGUCGGGUCACCGCCACUGUUGUGCCCCAGCGAAGAGCCGCCUCACCUGCAUAGCCUGCACCAAUGCCAUGGCCUCCGCCUCGACAGCGAAGAGGGCGCUGACGCGAGCUUUCGACAAGGCAGCAGAGCGAGCAGAGAGUCUAUCAACACUGUCACCCUACGCAGCCGACCAGCGCGCACUACAAAGGCAGCUGCCGGCGGUCGCUCCUCCACCUCUUCGCCGGCGGUGAGUGACUGCGAGCUGCCAUCGCUGAUUGUGUGCCCCUUCGCCCUCAUGGGCUGCUGCGCCGAGGGCGCUCACAGGAUCGCCGACCUGCACAAGGGCACCACGCUGCACCAUCACCUCAUGGCCGUUACGACGUGUGUGCAGCGGAUGCGCGGGCGCCAGCAGGAGCUCGAGCGGCUGGUGCGCGGGCUGCAGCAGCAGGUGCACAAGCAGGCGCUGAUGCUUCGUGAAGCGAGAGAAGUGGAAAGGGCUCGGCAGCGCCCUGCUGCGAGCCCCAGCGUGCUGAUCAGCUCACGGGGGUCGUCGAUGGAUGGUUGUCUUUGCCCCGCAUCCACGCCAGCCGGUGGAACCAACGCGCUGAAUUCGUGCAAAGACCGCAAGGCGCUCCCGCGCGACGUGAGCAUUCGUGAGCCGCUUGUCGCGGAAUACGGCAUAGGCGACGAAGACGAUGUCCGCGCUGGAAAGCACGCCAGCGAAAUCGACGCCGGUGGCGACUCGCCCGGACGACGCGCACAACCACCACGCGGCACUCAAAUGCAACGAGGGGGCAGCCACAGUGUUCGCAGAAGUGACGGGGACAGGGAUGGCGCCCGAGUGUACGCGCGUCAGCUGCGCAUGCGCACCGCAGCAGGACAGCAACGGCUGCAUCUGGUCGACGCUCCAUCAAGUGCGAGCGUAUCGCUGACUCCUGUGUGGUGCGGGCUGCGGUCAUUGGCGAGUGCUGGGACGGCGACCGCAGCCCAAAAGACCACCGCUGCAGAGGUACAGGGGCUCGGCGAGAAGAUGCGACGUGCAACCGCAGUGCAGCAGAAGCAGCAAGAGCAACAGCAAGGUAGCGCAAACGGUGGUGAACAAGCACCGAGCUGUACACCAAAGCAGAAUAAUCUGCACAGAGACGGUAUCGAGGACCUCUCCACUGUUUCAGGCGAUGGACUAGGCGAUGAUGAUGAUAGUGUCCAGGGGAAGCGCUGUAUGACAACGCUGUCAGCGCCGCGACUCUCCGGUGCAGACAUCGGCACCGAAAGUGGCUGCUCACCGACACGGCACGGCAGGUGUGCUGCGGCGCCCUACGUGCACUAUGGCGCCUACCCACGACAGCAGCCCGGCGCGGGGGGCAGUACCGAGGUGAGCGGGAUGAGCAACGUACCGCCCUACCAAGUUCCAAAUGAGUCUGUGAGCCCGAUUAGAAGCGCCUCCCUCGACCUCGACGACCACGAGGACGACACUGACGCUGGUGCCAUGUGCCAGCAGCUCUUGAACCUGACCUCGACGGAGAUCCCAGUGGCUACCAGGGCUGAGGAGAGCUGUAUCACCGGCCGCACGGGGCAGCCCGGUGCGCGUGCGAAGUGGACGACAGACCCUCAACUAUCCCCUGCCGCGUCGCCCCGCUCGGCGCCGUCGCUGGUGAGCGUGACGUACCGGCCGUCCGAGCUCGCCUGUGCAGAGGGCAGCGAUGAUGAGGGUGCCGUGCAUUUGACGGGCCGAGUCUCACCGACACGGGGGGGAAGCGCAAGCGCGGUGGCCGCGGCGAAUCGGCAGGUGCGCGCCGACGACGCAUCGAGGCGUCUUCUGCUCGACAGCGUGCGGCUUGCGGCUCCCCUUCAGCGGCCGACACUAGUGCGCAAGUCAGACGUUGUGCGGCCGCCCCCAACUGCGCGUGAUGGCGCUGAUGGGAGCAAGACCGUGUUGCCACUUCUAACGCCGCCUUCCUUGGCCACUCUAGCGGAUGCGUCGGUUGCCGCCGCGGCCACCAGUAUUCUGAGCAAGUCGGAUGUCCAGCGACCACGACAAAUGAGCGCGCCGGAGAGUGGCGGCACGCGCGGACCGCUCUCCGGCAUCAACUUCGACGCACCAUCAUCCGCGCUGCCCGUGAGGGCAUCACUUCUAGUCGCAUCAGCAAGCGGAGGCUUCAUCGUGAAUCACAGCAGUGUUCAUGCCUCGUACAACGGCACUUCAGAGGCUACGCCUCUGCCAGAGCCGGUGUCGAAGCGAAGCUCGGCCUCGAAGAACCACCUGGUGCACGCGCACAGCUACCGCGUCGACAAGGACGCGACUGGCGAGCAUUGCGGUGCCUUGGCUGGUAGUGCAAGUUACGCGCUUGGCGGACCUUGCAAGAGCGGAGGGCGUCGAAGUGGAUCACAGACACGCCGUGGCGCAGCCAUGCGCCGUCCGUUGCACGUGACAAGCGUUCUCUCCCCGCAGGAGGCCGUUGAUCAGGGGGUGGCGGUGCAUCCCCUGGGUCUCCCCCCAAGGCGAGAAUCAUAA